CGCUCUCUCUCGCGCCACGCAGUCGUCGAUUUCUUGGAUUUCGUUGGAACGAAGAGGAGGGGGAGGAGAAGAGGUCUCGAGAGAUAGGGAAGGUGGUGGUGGUGCGCGUGCAGGACUCCCGUUUCUUGCUGGAAGUUAGUAGCUAUGGCGGCCAAAAGUGAAGGACCAGCGAUUGGAAUCGACUUGGGAACGACGUACAGCUGUGUCGGCGUGUGGCAGCAUGAUCGUGUCGAGAUCAUUGCCAAUGAUCAGGGUAACCGGACCACUCCGUCCUACGUGGCAUUCACGGACACCGAGCGGCUGAUUGGAGAUGCGGCCAAGAAUCAAGUGGCAAUGAACCCAACGAAUACCAUCUUCGACGCCAAGCGGCUGAUUGGUAGAAAGUUCAGCGACAGCUCGGUGCAGAGUGACAUUAAGCUCUGGCCUUUCGAGGUCAUCGAUGGCCCGGGCGGGAAGCCUCUCAUUGGUGUAUCGUACAUGGGGGAGAAGAAGCAGUUCGCUGCAGAGGAGGUGUCCUCCAUGGUGUUGACGAAGAUGAAGGAGAUUGCGGAGGCGUUUCUCGGUGUGACUCUGAAGAACGCCGUGAUUACUGUUCCCGCCUACUUCAACGACUCCCAGAGGCAGGCAACGAAGGAUGCCGGUGUUAUCUCUGGUCUGAACGUGAUGAGAAUCAUCAAUGAGCCGACGGCAGCGGCCAUCGCCUACGGUCUUGACAAGAAGGCGAGCAGCGUCGGCGAGAAGAACGUCAUGAUUUUCGACCUCGGCGGCGGCACUUUCGAUGUCUCCCUGCUUACUAUCGAGGAAGGCAUCUUUGAGGUGAAGGCGACUGCUGGAGAUACUCAUCUUGGAGGCGAGGAUUUCGACAGUCGAAUGGUGCAUCACUUCGUCCAGGAGUUCAAGAGGAAGCACAAGAAGGAUAUCAGUGGCAGCGCUAGGGCGUUGAGGAGGCUGAGGACUGCCUGCGAGCGUGCGAAGAGAACUCUGUCUUCCACCGCGCAGACGACUAUUGAGAUUGACUCUCUCUUUGAGGGCAUCGAUUUCUACUCCACGAUAACGAGAGCGCGUUUCGAAGAGCUGAACAUGGACUUGUUCCGUAAGUGUAUGGAGCCCGUGGAGAAGUGUCUGCGCGACGCUAAGAUGGACAAGAAGUCGGUCCACGAGGUGGUGUUGGUUGGUGGCUCUACUCGCAUUCCCAAGGUCCAGCAGCUUCUCCAGGACUUCUUCAACGGCAAGGAGCUGUGCAAGAGCAUCAACCCCGACGAGGCAAUCGCCUAUGGCGCUGCUGUGCAGGCUGCCAUUUUGAGCGGCGAAGGUAACGAGAAGGUUCAGGACUUGCUUCUGCUCGAUGUCACUCCUCUCAGCCUCGGUCUGGAGACGGCAGGCGGUGUGAUGACUGUGCUGAUUCCUAGGAACACGACUAUCCCCACAAAGAAGGAGCAGGUGUUCUCCACGUACUCCGAUAACCAGCCUGGCGUGCUCAUUCAAGUGUUUGAGGGUGAACGAUCUCGUACCAGGGACAAUAACCUGCUGGGCAAAUUCGAGUUGUCUGGUAUUCCGCCCGCGCCCAGAGGCGUUCCUCAGAUCACAGUAUGCUUCGAUAUCGACGCCAACGGCAUUUUGAACGUUUCUGCGGAAGACAAGACGACUGGCAGCAAGAACAAGAUCACGAUUACCAAUGACAAGGGUCGUCUGUCGAAGGAGGAGAUCGAGAAGAUGGUUCAAGAUGCGGAGAAGUACAAGGCGGCGGACGAAGAGCAUAAGAAGAAGGUGGAGUCGAAGAACAGCUUGGAAAACUACGCGUACAACAUGAGGAACACCAUUAGGGAUGAGAAGAUUGCCUCCAAGUUGGACCCUGCCGAUAAGCAGACGAUCGAGAAGGCGGUGGAUGCGGCUGUGGAGUGGCUGGACCACAACCAGCUGGCAGAGGCCGAUGAGUUCGAUGACAAGAUGAAGGAGCUUGAGAAUGUGUGCAAUCCAAUCAUUGCUAGGAUGUACGGAGGUGGAGCGGGGGGGGUUCCUGAUAUGCCAGGAGGGGGUUUUGGCGGCAGGGAUGAGCCGCCCAGCUCCGCCGGUGGCCCUGGGCCCAAAAUUGAGGAGGUGGAUUAAGCUAGAGGGGGGGGGUGGUUAGGGUAAGUAGUAGUAGCUAGCUGAUUCGGUGACACUUUUUUGUGCUCUGGAGAUUGGCCUCGGCGACAUUUUUUUGCGCUCCGGAGAUUGGCCUCGGUGACAUUUUUUGUGCUCUGGAGAUUGGCCUUAGGGAGGGCGCGCGUCUUUUUCGUCACGGUAGGGAUGAACCGCCCACAGCUCCGUCGGUGGCCCCGGGCUCAAAAUCGAGGAGAGGAGGUUGAUUAAGCUGGGAAAGGGGGAAUGGGGUAGUGGUAGUGUAGCUGAUUUGGUGGCAAUUGUUUGUGCUCUGGAGAUUUUGGCCUUAGGGUUCGUUCGUUCUUUUUUCGGCGGCAGGGAUGAGCUGCCGAGCUCCGCCCGUGACCCGGGGCCCAAAAUUGAGAAGGUCGAUUAAGCUGGGCAGGAAUAGGGUAGUAGUAGUAGUUGUAGUAGCGGAUUCGGUGACACACUUUUUUGUGCUCUGGAAAAUUUUGAUUUCGGCCUUAGGGCGCGCGUCUUCUUCGCCACGGCAGAUUUGAGUGUUCUCUAUGCAAACUCUGCUUCUCUUCUCUCCUUGAGCGGUUUGAACCAUGUUUCUUGGGACUGUUGAGAUGAUUAGCAGUAGUCGUCCCGAUCCCGGCUUUGUGGUUCGAUUGAUAUUUUUUUGCUUCGAGUCUUCGCUUAAAUGUAGUAGAUUUCUCAGAUCGCAUUUCUGAUGGCGGUGUUGGAUUUGAGUGAUGUGAUAUUAUUAUGAUGACAUCGGUCUGAAGAUGAUUUUGAGUAAUUUAGGGCGCUCUGUUUUACCUUUCGCUUAUCCUCCAUUGUGAGUUGUAGUCUUUCGUCCGUAGUUGAUUACUGUUCGAGGCAUUCUACCGGCGAUUGUAUGGUCUCAUUGGUAACGACGUUAGGCUCUUGGUGCGCGUUCUUGUGCGUCUUUCAUGGUCUCCUUGACAACGGCGUUAGGCUCUUGGUGUGCGUUCUUGUGCGUGCGUGUUUCCUUCUUUUCCGUUCUGUUGAGGUGUAGUUUGAAGGCGUUUGUCCGUUGGUAUUCAAGCUCUUAUGAAUGAUUGAGAUAUCUGUCGGGAGCAUGUGCACGACACAUUCCCUCGCCUGAUUGAUGGCGUUGGUCAGUCUGUUCUCCCCGGCGAUUGGAAUUUGUGCCUGCUGUUGCACUUUUUCAGGAUCAUGUUCAUGCACAGGUUGUCGAUGUCUUUUUAAGUGUUUUUAAGUGCUGGUUAGGUCUUGUGGUUCUCACAGAUUCUCGAUGUCUUCUCUAGUGCUGGUUAGGUAUGUGGUUCUCGUCGGUAAUUGGUUCUUGCUUGCUCUGCUAUUAGAGCUUGUUCGGUCUCGGGUCUCUGUACCUGCUGCUUGCUCUGCUAUACGAUUCGUUGGACCCCUGUUUCUAUGUUUCUUCUGGCACUGUGGGAGGAAUUCUGGUGGUCUUGAAUCCUGUCGAGGUGUGCGACGCGUGUGCGACGCGUGUGCGACGGGUUUCGGUUCGGACGCAGUUGCACUCAGAGAUUCUCGGAAUCUUGUGGAGUGCUUCAAGGACUGGGUACUUGUGCUUUUGUUACGAUGGAUGUUUUGUGCUUUUGUCACGAUGGAUGUUUUGGCCCACUGUUAUAAAGCGCGAUGCGUUUUUUCUCGCGCUUUAUGUGCGGAGUAAUCGUUCCUGCCGUUUCGAAAUCUUGAUCAGGUUUUUGUGCGUUUGUUUUGGCGCUUCAUGUGCGGAGUAGUCGUUCCUGCGGUUCGGAAUCUUGAUUAGGUUUCUGGCGUCCUGAUUAGGUUUACUGUUGGUUCUUCUCGAGUGCUGUCUGCUUUUUUUUUUUUUUUUUUUUUUAAUAGGUUAUCGGGACUGCUUCUGAUAUUGGGGUGUUUACCGGUAAUCUUGAUCAGGUUUUUGUGCGUUUUUUUUGGCGCUUUUUGUGCGGAGUAGUCGUUCCUGCGGUUUGGAAUCUUGAUUAGGUUUCUGGAGUCCUGAUUAGGUUUACUGUAUGCUUCU